AUGCACGAGGCGAGGAGAGUGGGUUCCCCCGGGCAGCAGGGAAAGGCGGUGGCGAGUCGGACCUGCUGCGGGCAGCCACCGUGGGCCGCCGAGGGCGAGCCGCAGCAGCCAAGGACGGCCACCUGCACCCAACGCCAUCGCUGUGCUGAGCAACGGACCCGCCUGGGCCUGCCCGCGCAGACGAGACGCGCCUCCGCCUCCUCUCUGCCGCCCUCCACAGACCCGGACCGCAGCUUAGCGCCUCAGCGGGAUCCCACGACCCCGAGAUCGGUGCUGGGUCGACCGUUACGGGCCUGUGCGGACGCGAGCGGAAGAAGCGCGCAUGCGCUGCCCACCCCGUGCGGAGAAGGUGCGCAAACGGGCUGGCGGCGCGGGGGCACCGCGCAUGCGCGGCCGUUACCGGCGGUAACGGAAGGGCGCCGUGCCCCGGCGGCGGCGAUGGCGCGGCGCGUGGUGAGGGGGCUGCUGCUGCUGGAGGCGGCGGGGCUGCUCGGCGCCCUCCUGCUCUACCGUGCCAUGGACCGCAGCCAAGACUUCAGACACACAAUGCAGAAGAAGUUUCCAUCAAUUCUGGAAGUGUAUUACAAAUCCAAUGAGUGGUCUGGAAUUCACGGCAUAAGGGAGAAUGACCAAAUGACAUGGUUAAGCAGCAAAAAUUAAACCCUCUGUGCCUGAACUGUUUCUUCUUUUUGAUGAUGCUUUUCACAUCCCUAUUGUGAAGCCACUUGUCACGCUCUAUUUCCCACUGGAUCUGUUUGGCAUCUGUAAGAGGAAAGGUGAGAAAUAAGGAGCCAAUGGAUACCUCUGACCGUGAUGUGGAAUACAGAUGAAUGAUGUAAAAGUUAAAACUUGGCUACUGUAUUUAUAAAUGUUAAUAAAGUGCAAGCUGCCGGUUUGGUUUUGA